AUGAACACAGUACCGGGGGACCUUCGGGUGAAACAGCUGGAGAAGCUGUACUUGGCCGGUCCGCAAUUCGGCGAGUGUUUUUCGAUUGAAGCUCUGGUUGACGUGUUGAUCUGUCUGUUCGACGAAUGCCUCAGUUCCACGCUCAGGAAGGAAAAGAACAUCGCCCAGUUCGUCGAUUACGGUGAGUAG